UCUUUUCCACCUCCACACUCCCUUGGGGACCCCUUUAUAUCCACUCACUAUUCCUUUCCAAACCCAAGACAGAUCAGUCGUUGUCAAGAGCUAGGCUCACUCUUUUUCGCCUACCCAAGUCAACAUCCAAAGGACGCACCAGGUCGCCCCCUUUUGCCUCGACAUCAGACACUACCAGCAAUCUUUCGUCAGCAGAACUAGUUCGCGUCCAACCGCGGAUACACUCUACCUCGUACAACGAGUACAAACAACCAACGGAUUCCCGUUUCAGAAACUUGAGCCCUUUCCCGGUUUCUCUUCAACACACAACCAGCACUCAAGAUGCAGUUCCUUAGCAUUGCUACUCUCCUGGUGGCCGCCGCCUCGGCCGUCGUGGCGGAGAACAAGAUCAUCUUCAAGUCCAUCGACAACGUGAACCGCACCGUCUACUUCACCCCCAACGCGGGCCUGGAGACCAUCGAGGCUGUCGAGGUGCCUGCAAACUCAACGGUCAACGUCACUAUCCCGCACGCCUGGAUCGGCAACUACUACUCGGUCUCGGAGGGCAAGGACAAAAAGCCUGGCAUGCUCGGCGAGGUCGCCUUCAACGGCUGGAAUGAUCUGACCUACUUUGACGUCUCGGCCAUCGUCGACGCCGCGGACCACGAGGGCGUCGCCGAGAUGUGGCCCGCCAAGGCAUGCAAGCCCACCUCCGGCUGCCAGCUCUUUCCCUGUGGCAACGCCUACUACCUCUGGGACGACGUGCAGACCAAGGUCACGCACGAGACGGAGCUCGUCACUACCCUGGGCAAGACGGGCUUCGAUGUCAAGAAGGGCGACAAGAUCCGCGGCGCCGACGACGGCACCUUUGAGGGCUACAGCGUCUACAAGCGCAGCUACGUCGAGGGCAAGUGGUUUUAAGCUGGGAGACCCUUCCGCAUAUCCAACAGCACUGCGGAUACCACUCGUUUUGCGGUCCAACCUGACGACUUUAUGACACCCAUUUUUACCUUUCUUGACACGGCCUUUUAGACAAUUGGCUGCUGUCGCGGCCUCUCUCGCCCCAAUUUCUCAUUGUUCCCUCCUUUUUUCGACGUUCUGCGUGCUGCCUCGCGCGAUCGUUUGAUGAGAGAUACCCCCGUCGCAUCCAGGUCUGGAUGCUUCUCGCCUCACCCCUACACAGUUCUUUCAACCGUAUUGGUCCUGGAAGGAUCGUUGGUUGAGGGGAAAAAUCAAGCCCCGCAUUUUUGUUUCUUUUGGAUGGCCUAUAGAGAUUGCACCAAAAGCAUGACGUCGCCCACGUUUUCCCACUGAGCGCUUCUGCACCUCAACAAGUUUUGUUUAUUGUUUACUGUCUCUUUACAGUUCUGUCCGACGUCUAGCUAGUCCCCCUGGGCAUUGUUCUGCGGUGGACGGAAUUGGGUUUCUGGGAAGACACCUUUACCCCUCAUUCAUGACGCUCCUUUUCCAGACCAUUUACCUAAAGAUUGCUACACUUCUUCGCUGUACAUAUUUUGUCACCAGUUGACGCGCUGCCGGACAAGAAAGUCCGGGUGGCUUGAUUUCAGCAAACCAAAAGAAACGCAAUAGACAUGGAUUCUUUGCCAGCCCGCA